UAGACGUCCGUACGGCAGCGAAUGUUUAGGAGCAGCAUGGAUAGUACAUUAAAAGCAGAGAUACAAAAAGAAAUAAUUAAACAAGGAAACGUUGUACGUGAUUUAAAAAAAGAACAAGCAUCUAAAGAAAAGUUCUGUGCCACUUUAUUUCCUACGUGCUCAACCAGGAUUUCUGAUCUGAAUUUAUUCUUCUUUCUGCCAACUUCCUGUUAAUUUCAACUUGCUGAAUAACUUACUUUGUGGAUGUCAAUUUGGAAAUGGCUCUUACCUGGACGAAACUUUAUCACCUGCGACGAUUGGGACGUGUCAAUGCAAAAUUAUUGCCACGAUGCAUUGCAACAUAUUUCACUGAUGUAUCACAGAUUGAUGAGGAGGUUGCAAAGCUUUUAGCUCUGAAGGCCAAGAUACAAGAUGCUCAGCCACAGAAGUUUGUUCUCAAAAACCCAAAGGGGACAAGAGAUUACAACCCAAAACAGAUGGCAAUUCGAGAGGGUGUGUUCAAAACAAUAAUUAAUUGUUUUAAAAGACAUGGUGCUGAGACUAUCGAUACCCCGGUCUUUGAAUUGAAGGCGGUUCAGAAUUGGUGGAGCAACUCUGUGAAGAUGAAGUGCUGAAGAAGAGCAAAGCGGCAAUGGAAGGCCUGCAAGAUAUGAAGCUGCUUUUAAAAUAUUGCCAGAUUUUUAACAUAGAAGACAAGGUAUCGUUUGACUUAAGUCUCGCCAGAGGAUUGGACUAUUAUACAGGUGUGAUAUACGAGGCAGUUUUGAAAGGAGCCGAGUUACUGCCUACAAAGGGGGGAGAGCAGGUUGGCGUUGGUUCCGUUGCUGGUGGUGGUCGCUAUGAUGGUCUGGUUGGAAUGUUUGAUCCCAAAGGAAAGAAAGUUCCGUGUGUGGGCGUCAGUAUCGGUAUUGAACGUGUCUUUUCCAUCAUGGAAGCCAAAGCUGCAGACAAUAAAGUGCGGACCACGGAAAUUCAAAUCUUGGUCGCGUCGGCUCAGAAGAAUCUUCUAGAAGAAAGAAUGAAGCUCUGCUAUGAAUUAUGGGAAGGAAAUGUCAAAGCUGAGAUGUCGUACAAGAAAAAUCCUAAAAUGUUGAACCAGCUCCAACAUGCAGAGGAUUCGGGGAUACCAUAUGUUGCUAUCAUUGGCGAGCAGGAGUUAAAGGAUGGCAUUGUUAAAAUUCGUAACACACUGACGCGAGAAGAAAAGCAUAUUCCACGAGGAAGUAUCGUCGAUGAGGUCAGAAGUAUAUGCGCCGAGUUGUAAUAUAUUUGUUACUAAGCAUUUAAAAUACUUGCAAGGGAUCCUGUUACUCAACAAAUUCACCCGCAAUUACUGUACGCUUAUUACAUGAUAAUAGAGUCAUAGAGCUAAUUAAGAACUAUAGUGCUGACUAGGUGACAAGCAUUGCAGAGUUGUGUAUGUGUACCAUUUAAGAUGGCCGACAGGAAAGCGCCAUCUUCAGGCUUAGUAUCAUGAGUAGAUUUCUCGCAUGAUUAAACAGUUGUAAAGGUUAUGGGUUUGGUUUACAUCAGUUCAUACUUUGAACAGGUCAUUCCAUUUUUAAAGGAAGUUUUUUGAUGGAAAAAGUGUGGUUGAGUCUAACUCCUUGAAGAAUAGAU